AUGUGUGUGAUUUGUGCUUUUGGCGCCUGCAUCCGGCGUCUGCACGCGGGAAUUCGUCCCGAUCGGGCAGUGUUCGGAUUCGAACGCGGGCCUCGCGCGUCACUUGCUCGCCGUUAUCCCGCCUCCUCUCCUCACUCCUCCUCCGCUUGCCUUCCACCCUCCGUCCGCGCGGCAUCGUCGCGUGUGCGCGCACCGCCGUCCUCAAGGCCUCAAGCCCAGGAGCUGUGCGGUGGGGCCGCGGUGAGCUCCCGCGGCCCCAAUCUCCUCUGGUACCUCCGCGUCGUCUUCAGCGCCACCGUCUCGCCCGCACCUCGCGUCUCGCCGCACCUCGCGUCUCGCCGCACCGCGUCUCGCCCGCACCUCGCGUCUCGCGUCUCGCCCGCGUCGUCCACAUCUGCCCCGCGUGGCCGGACCCUCCGCCCACACGGCGUUAUCCCGCACGCGUGCGUGGCCGUUCUCUGGGGUCGCGGUUCCGGCCACGCUCAGGCCAACGGGCGCGCCCGUCUCGCGCUCGCGCUCGUCCGCGCUGCGCUAGUCCACUCCGCCUCGCCUACUCCGCCUCUCAACUCGCCCCCGCGUUGCCAAAUCCGCGUCACGUCGUCUGCGUCACCGACGUCGCUCGUGUCGCCCGCAUUGCCCAACCUCCGUCAUCGCAUUCGUGCGCGCCCUGCUCUUGCACCUCAAGCCCACGUCAGCCACUCCACCCGUCUUGCCCUGCCUCGCCAAGUCGCCGCCGCCGUCUCGUCCACCUCGUGCUCGCCCGCCUCACCCACUUCGCUCACGUCUCAUCCGCGUCGUCAUCUGCUUUGCACCCGCGUCAUGCCCGUGUCACCCGUCGCGCCCUCGCCUCGCCCCCGCCUUGGCCCUGCAUCGCCCGCGCCGCCCACCUGUUCCCGCACCGCUCGCGUCACCCUCGCCACACCCCGUCGUCCUUUCCGUGUCGCCCUCUCCACCUCGCCCACCUCGCCCGCACCUGCGGGCCGCGGCCCUGCUCGCCGCCUAUCCCUUGUCCUCCGCAUCGUCCUCAGCGCCACACGUCGCCCACGUCCCCCGCCUGCCCUGCAUCGCCCAUGUCACCCAUGUAUUGUGCCCGCUUUUCCCGCCUCGCACAUGCCUUGGGUUGCCCACCUCGCUCGUUUCGUCCAGUUGUAG